CGACGAUCAAUCCAGCUAUUCAACAUGAAGUACGCAUUCGCUCAAGUCGCAUUAGGCCUUACUGCCAACGCCCUCGUUGCCCGCGAGCCACCACAGUGCGUCCAGCUCCGUGCAUCUGGAGGUGCAUCUGGAGUCCUCGGCCAGCUUUCUGAUGGUCAAAACCGUGUGGGUGGUGGGCACCCCACGGGUUGCUAUUGCUUGAGCAACGGCGGCUUCACUGACACCAAUGGACGCGGUUGCAUCCUCACGCCCCCUACAACGCAGUUCCAAUGUGAUGUUGGUGCUAGCCCGACAUCUGGUUUCUCAACCUCCGGGGAUAAAGUUACUUACAACGGCAAUGGAAAGUUUUAUGCUUGCGCUGUCAACGACAACGGCGAGUACAACGUCUACACCAAGACUGUCUCAGGCCAGGACAAGUGCGUUGAGAUCUCGUUGAGCCCCGCCGGGUCUUGCGGCUCUGGAUCUACACCGCCCCAGCCAAGCAAGCCUGCUCAACCUGAACACCAGCCUGCUCCGCAGCCUAGCAAGUCCGCUGGUGGAUGCCCCACAGACCUGAACGGCAAAUAUGAAUACCCCCACCUCAUUGUCCCCGUCGAUUCCAAGCAACCGAGCAAGUCAUACGGCACAUCCUACUUCGGAACCGUCAACAGCACCACCUGCUCCAUCUUCAACUUCGAUAUCCCCGCGUCCUACUCUGGCAAGACGUGCAGUCUCGUCUUCCUCUUCCCCGAGCAAAAGGAUCUCGAGACAUCCAGCUUCACCGUCUCCGGCAGCGGAAAGGUCAACUUCACGAAAUUGACGGGCCCAGCGACCCAGCAGACGACUUGGGCUAACCAGCCUGGAAAGGACAGCGAACUUCAAAGCUUGAGCGUGGCGCCCGGCAACUCUUAUGCCAUUGCCUCGGGUAGCUGCGCGGCGGGACAGACUGUGACCUACGAGCUUUGCAGUCAGGGCGACUUUGCGCUCCAUUACUUCCAGGACUACAACCCCAGCCCUCUUGGACUGUACGUUCGCUCGUGCUAAAUGCAGCGCGGAGCCUUAGGCCUUGCGGCAUACUCGGUUGGAGAUUAAUCUCGACCCUUUGAUGCGCAAGUGAGCUUUCACGACUUUGAGUCCACACAGGAUAUUGGCGAAGAGUAAUGACGCCCUAGAGUAUCCUUUGUGGUAC